AUGGCACAACAACAACAGCAGCAGCAGCAGCAGCAACAACAAUUAUGGGGAGGACGUUUUGGUAAAAAUGCUGGUAAAAUAAAUGAAUGCCUGGCGGAGCUUAAUUGCAGUUUACCCAUCGAUUCUCGACUCUUUGCCGAUGACAUCGAUGGCAGUAAGGCCUAUGCGGAAGCCUUGGCCAAGGCUGGCUAUUUAACAGCGGAGGAAUGUGAUUCCAUUUUAAAGGGCCUCAAAUUGGUACGUUACGAUUGGAUAGAGGGUCUAAUUAAAUUCUUACCCUCCGAUGAGGAUGUCCACACCGUCAAUGAGAGGCGUUUGACAGAGUUAAUUGGUGAGGUAGGACAGCGCUUGCACACGGGACGCAGUCGUAAUGAUCAGGUCAUUACCGAUAUGAAACUGUGGAUGCGUAAAGCCAUACGAGAGACAUGUGAAAGUUUGAGUGAGGUUAUUGAAACGAUGUGCGAACAGGCUCAACAGCAUUUGAAUGUCCUGAUGCCGGGCUAUACUCACCUGCAGAGAGCCCAACCGGUGUUGUUCUCCCAUUGGUUGCUGUCGCAUGCUUUCGCUCUGCGUGAAGAUUGUUUACGUCUGUGUGAUUUGCGGGUAAGGGCAAAUGUCUUGCCCUUGGGCAGUGGUGCCUUGGCUGGUAAUCCACUACAAAUUGAUAGGGUAUGGUUGGCGGAGAGAUUGGGAUUUGCUGCUGUCACAGCGAAUAGCAUGCAUGCUGUGGGUGAUCGUGAUUUUGUGGUUGACUUCGUUUAUUGUUGUUCCAUGGUUGGCUUGCAUCUCUCCCGCUUGGCCGAGGAUUUGAUCAUCUAUGCCACCAAGGAAUUUGAUUUCAUUGAAAUUGCCGAUGACUUCUCCACGGGCAGCAGUUUGAUGCCACAAAAACGUAACCCCGACAGCUUGGAAUUGGUGCGCGGAAUGUCGGGAAAUUUAUUUUCUUGUCUAACUGGCAUUAUGAUGACCAUCAAGGGUAUACCCUCCACCUAUAAUAAGGAUCUGCAAUUCGAUAAACAAUAUUGUUUUGAGGCUUUCGAUAAACUGCAGAAAUCGCUGCUGGUCACCAAUGGAGUGGUAAGAAGCAUGACAUUGAAAAUGCAACAUAUGGAAUCGGCUCUAUCUGCCGAUAUGUUGGCAACCGAUUGGGCCUAUUAUUUGGUCCGCAAAGGAGUACCAUUCCGCAAGGCCCAUCAUUAUAUUGGCGCCGUGGUGGCCCAUGCCGAACGCAUGUCCUUGGACAUUAAUGAAAUUCCCUUAGGCGAUUUGCAGCAGAUAUGCCCUCACUUUGAUGUGGAUAUUUUCAAAGUGGCCGAUUACGGCGACAAUGUGGAACAUUAUGAUGUGAUUGGAGGCACUGCCACGAUUUCAGUGACGGAACAGUUGAAAUUGUUGCAUGAAUUCUUGAGUGGUCUUAAGAAGUUGAAAUAA